UCUCUAUUCUCUCACAAUUCCCUCAGCUUCUCAUCUUCUACGUGCUGUAUUUUCUUGGCUUUCUGCUACUUUGAGUUGUUCCGAAAUGGCUGACCAAAUUCCAUUCGGUGUUGUGGAGCACAUUUUGACCAACUUGGGGUCCUCGACGUUUCAAGAAAUUGAAUCCAUGUAUGGUGUUCCAAAGGAGCUAACCAAGCUCAAGGACAACCUGGACGUCAUCAAAGGUGUACUUCUGGAUGCUGAGGAACAGCAGCAGCAGAAAACUCGUGGAAUAGAAGCUUGGGUCCAGAGGCUCAAAGGCGCCGUGUAUGACGCAGAUGACUUGCUGGAUGACUAUGAAACUCAUUAUCUACAGCGAGGAGGAUUCGCAAGGCAGGUCAGUGACUUCUUCUCAUCUGCAAAUCAAGUUGCUUUUCGCUUUAACAUGAGUCAUAGACUCAAGGAUAUCAAUGAAAGGCUGGACGCUAUCGAAAAAAAAAUCCCCAUGUUGAAUCUGACUCGACGGGAGGCAAUACACAUAGGAGUAGAGAAUAGUUGGAGAGAAACCCACUCAUUCUCAUUGCCAUCUGAAAUUUUAGGAAGAGAAGAAAACAAAGAGGAGAUAAUAAGGAAGCUGUCAUCUAACAAUGAAGAAAUUCUUUCCGUUGUUGCCAUCGUUGGCUUUGGGGGAUUGGGUAAGACCACCCUCACUCAAUUGGUAUACAAUGACGAAAGAGUAAAACAUUUUGAGCAUAAGACAUGGGUUUGCAUUUCUGAUGAUUCUGGUGAUGGUCUUGACGUCAAACUGUGGGUCAAAAAGAUUUUAAAAUCUAUGGGAGUUCAGGAUGUGGAGAGUCUGACCUUGGAUGGUUUGAAAGACAAGCUUCACGACCAAAUAAGUCAAAAGAAGUACUUGUUAGUACUUGAUGAUGUUUGGAACGAAAAUCCUGGAAAAUGGUAUGAAGUGAAAAAAUUGUUGACGGUUGGUGCUAAAGGUAGUAAAAUUAUAGUAACCACCCGAAAACUUAAUGUUACAUCCAUUAUGGAAGAUAAGUCUCCCGUUAGUUUGAAAGGUCUAGGAGAAAACGAGUCUUGGGAUUUAUUUUCAAAAUUUGCAUUUAGAGAACAGGAGAUUUUGAAGCCAGAAAUUGUAGAAAUUGGAGAAGAAAUUGCAAAAAUGUGCAAGGGAGUUCCUCUCGUUAUUAAGUCUUUAGCAAUGAUAUUGCAGUCUAAAAGAGAACCGGGGCAGUGGUUGUCUAUUAGAAACAAUAAAAAUUUGCUGUCACUUGGAGAUGAAAAUGAGAAUGUUCUAGGGGUGCUGAAAUUAAGUUAUGAUAAUUUGUCAACUCAUUUGAGACAAUGUUUUACAUAUUGUGCUUUAUUUCCAAAAGACUAUGCAAUUGAGAAAAAGUUGUUGGUACAAUUAUGGAACGCACAAGGUUACAUUCAAUCUACAAAUGAUAAUAAUGAGCAAUUAGAGGAUAUAGGGGAUCAAUAUCUUGAGGAAUUAUUGUCAAGGUCAUUGUUGGAGAAGGCGGGAACCAAUCAUUUUAAAAUGCAUGACCUUAUACAUGAUCUUGCACAAUCAAUUGUAGGAUCUGAGAUCCUUGUUUUAAGAAGUGAUGUAAAUAACAUUCCAGAAGAAGUUCGUCAUGUAUCAUUGUUUGAAGAGGUAAGUCCUAUGAUAAAGGCUCUAAAGGGAAAACCCAUAAGAACCUUUCUAAACCUUGGUGAACAUUCUUUUGAGGAUAGUACAAUUGUAAAUUCAUUUUUUCCGAGUUUUAUGUGUUUACAUGCAUUGAACUUAAGUCGUAUGGGUGUAGAGAAGGUGCCAAAGUGUUUAGGCAAAUUGAGUCAUUUAAGGUAUCUUGAUCUUUCGUACAAUGAUUUUCAGGUACUUCCAAAUGCUAUUACAAGGUUAAAGAAUUUGCAAACACUAAAACUCAAAAGGUGUUGGAAUUUGCAGAGAUUUCCAAAAAAAUUAGGGGAAUUGAUCAAUCUUAGACACUUGGAGAAUGAUAGCUGUUAUAAGUUGGCUCAUAUGCCACAUGGAAUCGGCAAGUUGACUUUACUUCAAAGUCUACCAUCGUUUGUGGUUGGGAAUGAUAUAGGGUGGUCUAGGAAUCAAAAAAUUGGUGGCUUGAGUGAAUUGAAAGGCCUUAACCAACUAAGAGAAGGGUUAUUCAUAAGUAAUCUUCAAAACGUGAGGGAUGUUGAACUGGUAUCCAGGGGGGAAAUUUUGAAAGGAAAACAAUAUCUUCAGUCCUUGAGAUUGAAAUGGAAACGGUGGGUCCAAGAUGAGGGGUAUGAGGGUGAAAAGUCAGUGAUGGAAGGCCUUCAACCACACCAACACCUAAAGGAUAUCAUUAUAGAAGGUUAUGGAGGUACGGAAUUUCCAAGUUGGAUGAUGAAUGAUGGGUUGGGUUCCCUGCUUCCCUACCUAAUUAAAAUUGAAAUUCGGAGAUGUUCAAGAUGCAAAAUUCUGCCACCCUUUUCUCAACUCCCUUCUCUCAAGUCUUUGAAGCUUGAAGUUAUGAAAGAAGUGGUGGAGUUGAAUGAGGGUUCAUCAGCAACGACACUCUUCCCAUCUCUUGAAUCGCUCAAACUCUUUAACAUGCCAAAGUUGAAGGAAUUGUGGAGGAUGGACUUGCUAGCAGAGGAAGGUCCUUCAUUUUCUCAUCUUUCGAAGUUAUAUAUUUAUGAAUGCUCUGGUUUGGCAUCACUGCAUCCUUCUCCUUCUCUUUCUCAAUUAGAGAUCGGAAAUUGCCAUAACUUGGCAUCCUUGGAACUGCAUUCAUCUCCUUUUCUUUCUCAAUUAGAGAUCAGCUAUUGCCAUAGAUUGGCAUCCUUGGAACUGCAUUCAUCUCCUUCUCUUUCUCAGUUAGAGAUCCGUGAGUGUCCUAACUUGCAAUCCUUGGAACUGCAUUCAUCUCCUUCUCUUUCUCGAUUAACGAUCCAUGAUUGCCCAAACUUGACAUCCUUGGAACUGCCGUCAUCUCCUUCUCUUUCUCAAUUAGAUAUCAUAUAUUGCCCAAACUUGACAUCCAUGGAACUGCCGUCAUCUCCUUCUCUUUCUCUAUUAACGAUCCAUGAUUGCCCAAACUUGACAUCCAUGGAACUGCCGUCAUCUCUUUGUCUUUCUCAAUUAGAUAUCAGAAAAUGCCAUAUCUUACCAUCCUUGAAACUGCAUUCAUCUCCUUCUCUUUCUCUAUUAACGAUCCAUGAUUGCCCAAACUUGACAUCCAUGGAACUGCCGUCAUCUCCUUCUCUUUCUCUAUUAACGAUCCAUGAUUGUCCAAACUUGACAUCCAUGGAACUGCCGUCAUCUCUUUGUCUUUCUCAAUUAGAGAUCAUCGAUUGCCAUAACUUGGCAUCCUUGGAACUGCAUUCUUCUCCUUCUCUUUCUCAAUUAGAGAUCAGAAAUUGCCAUAACUUGGCAUCCUUGGAACUGCCGUCGUCCCAUUGUCUUUCUAAAUUAAAGAUCAUAAAAUGCCCUAACUUGGCAUCCUCCAAUGUGGUUGUGGCUUCAUUACCUCGUCUUGAGGAACUAAGCCUGCGUGGAGUCAGAGCAGAGGUACUGAGGCAGUUCAUGUUUAUCUCUGCUUCUUCUUCAUUGAAGUCUCUGAGUAUAUGGGAGAUUGAUGGUAUGAUAUCUCUCCCAGAGGAGCCGCUUCAAUAUGUUUCCACUCUCGAAACUCUCCACAUUGUUAAGUGCUCUGGUUUGGCAACAUUACUACACUGGAUGGGCAGCCUUUCCUCGCUUACGGAACUUAUUAUUUAUGACUGCUCUGAAUUGACAUCACUGCCAGAAGAGAUCUAUUCCCUUAAAAAACUGCAGACAUUUUAUUUCUGUGAUUAUCCACACCUAGAGGAAAGAUACAACAAGGAAACAGGUAAAGACCGGGCCAAGAUUGAUCAUAUCCCACGUAUUAAUUUCCAAAGUGAUCGAUUUAUGAAAUAUAAGGUCCGAAAUCCCUAA